AUGGACGCCGAACAUCCCGAGCCAUCCAAGGAUUAUUGCGGAAUCGUCGAGGCCUAUCAAUUGGCGACGACAGUGACCAGCAUGAAUGUUGAGGAUCUCAAAAAGCAGGUUGAAAUCGAGGAGCUUAAUUUGCGCUUGAGCAAUGUGUCCGUCAUUGGAAGUCAGCAAUUAAUUGACAUCGAGCCGUGGCGAGAGCUCGUCAUUCUCAAUAACAGCGAUUCGGCGAAUCUCACGCUCAACAAUCCGACGGGCUUCUCGAUUGUGUUCAGCGUGUGGUCGAACACUCGCGACAAAUAUUGCGUUCGUCCAAAUAUGGGCGAAAUUGGCGCCGGCGAGCAGAAAACUCUCACCGUCAUUCAUCGUUCACUUCUGAAAUCGACGACUGAUGUCCUGAUGGUGGAAUCGUCGAUGAAUCCCGAACACCAUCACGAAUUGAAUGGUCCGUUCGGCGUUGUGACAAACAAGGUCAAAAUUAGAUUUUGCGAUGAUGAUAAUAAUAAUAAUAAUAUGGAAUCGAAAAGGCCAAAACCAAAACCCGCUUGCUCGUGCGUCGGCUGCCUUCAGAAGACCCUUGACAUCGUCAUUGACGAAAGGAACCAUCUUGAGGAAUAUCUGAAAAUCUUGAAGCAUGAAAACGAGACAAAACUAGCGGAGUGUCUCGAAGAAAAAGAGGAAGACGAGUUCUUCAUCGUCCACAAUUGUAUGAAUCAGAAAUGUCCGCAGUACACCGCCGCGCAAAAUUGCACACAAUAA